GGAGUGUGAGCUUGCUUUUAGACUGUUUUCGAUUCCGUGCCGCUGCAGGCCGUCUCUAUGCGACGCACUCUUAGCCGCUUUCUAGCAUAAAACAGUCGCAGGGGUACACAUUUCCUAAUCUAGGGAACGUCGUGAUCGCCUGCAUUCAUACGUCGUAAUUUCUUACCUAAUUCGUCUCUUUCUUCUCAGUUCAAUCACAAUGGGUAUUGAUCUAAAAGCCGGAGGUCGCCGCGUGGGGCACAGCUCCUCUAUGAAGGCCGUCAAAAGCCAAAACCCUUACAACAAGCUAUUGAUUAAGCUUUAUAAGUUCCUUGAUCGCCGAACGGACUCAAAAUUCUGUGGCACUGUGUUGAAGCGCCUCCAUAUGAGCAAGGUGAACCAACCCCCGAUGGGUCUUCACCGACUUUCCAAGUACAUGGCCCAAAAGGAAGGAAAGACGGCCGUGAUUGUUGGAAAGGUAACCGACGAUGUGCGAAUGUUGGAAUGCCCAAAGAUGUCGGUCUGUGCACUAGCAUUUACCGAGAACGCCCGAAAGCGCAUUGUCGCUUCUGGAGGUGAAUGCAUCACCCUGGAUCAGCUGGCCCUUCGUGCCCCCAAAGGAUCUAACACAGUCCUUCUUCGCGGACCUAAAUCGCGUGAGGCUUUGGCUCAUUUUGGACACUCUACGUCGGUCAAUAAUCCGCACACUCACACCGGUGUCAAGCCGUACGUCCGAAGCAAGGGUCGCAAGUUCGAGAAGGCUCGUGGUCGCCGUCGCUCUCGUGGUUUCAAGGUCUAAAUUUCACUGUAACAUUUUAGAUCAUUACUCUAUGAGGAUAAAUCGCAUUCUCUAUUUUG